UAUGAAAUAUUUGGGCUCCAUUUCAGGUGCAGAAGCACAUGUUGGCCACAAGAUCGCGCUGUUGUCACAGAUUAGCACCGGCCAUCAUUAUCUCGAUUUAAGGUUAAGUACAUGAGAUGUUUUUUGUAAAACGUGACCCCAUUAACUGAUGUGAUUGAAUUAUGAUAACAAUGUUCAUAGUUCUUAUACCAAAGUCUUUUCAGUAUCGAUUGACGAACAAUGUGACGAUAUUACUCGUAAUACACAAAAACAAGGAUACUGAAGAAAUAAACGACUUCAAGCGUCCGACGGUCACGUGGACAGUCGACUCCUUCGCGGAAAGUGCCGGAAAUAGCCGAAGUCUCACAAGUGGGACGGGCAAUGGAGCGAGCGCAGAUGAGCCGCACCGAGCCCCGGCAGUGAACGCACUUUGAUUGAUAGCUAAUUGCUUACGUCAUUAAUAGCUGUCGCUGGCAUACAUUGCGUGAUCUUAUUUCGCAAGAGUUUCGCAAGUGAGCUUCGUGUGACUUCCAAGGAUGCAGCGGCUCGAAAGUGGUGCCAAAAGCAGGUAAGCAUGGUGACGGGACGUCGUGGUUGCGGCAGGGCGCACCCGGAUGCGGGCGAGGGUCUAGUGCACGUGAACGUGGGCGGGCUGAGGCACAGCCUCCGCUGCAGCACGCUCAACAAGUUUCCCGACACCAGGCUGGGAAAACUGCUGGAGUGCCGCUCGGAAGAGGACAUCCUGCAGGUGUGCGAUGACUACGAUGUGCAGCAGAAGGAAUUUUACUUCGACAGGAAUCCCGGCUUGUUCCCGUACGUGUUGCACUUCUAUCAGACGGGAAAACUUCACGUCAUGGAGGAGCUGUGCGUCUUCUCAUUCAGUCAGGAGAUGGAGUAUUGGGGCAUUGAAGAGUUCUUCCUGGACUCGUGCUGCAGUUUUCGUUAUCACGAGCGCAAGCUGGGAACCCGCCGCCGGAUCAGCUGGGACGGCGAUAGCGACGAUGGCUGUGCCGGUGGGCACGCCGACAUAUGCCGACUGCGCACGGAGCUGCAACACUUCGCCGAGGUGCGGUACGGCGGCGCGCGCCAGCGUCUGUGGCUGACGCUGGAGAAUCCGGGCUACUCGCUUCCCAGCAAGCUGUUCAGCGUGGCGUCGGUGGGUGUGGUGCUGGCCUCCCUGACCGUCAUGUGCGUCAAAAGCCUUCCCGAAUAUCAGACUUUCGACCAGGACCGCAACUUGAUUGAGGAGCCCGCCGUCGACGUAGUGGAAGCGCUGAGCACGUGCUGGUUCACCUUGGAGGUGGUGCUGCGCUUCCUGCUGGCUCCCAACAGGAAGCAGUUUUUGCGCCAGCCUCUCAAUGUGAUCGACGUGGCGUCCGUCUUUCCCGUCUACGUGACGCUCAUAUGUGAUUGGGCGCUGGGCGCCCAAUCAGAGCUGGGAGACUUGGGACGCGUGCUCCAGGUGCCGCUUUUCCUCCUCACUCUGGGAAUACGCGUCUCCCACACGAAUGACUCCCAUUUGCCCUUCGAAUAUCAGCCGUCAUUGCAGACUUUCGACCAGGACCGCAACUUGAUUGAGGAGCCCGCCGUCGACGUAGUGGAAGCGCUGAGCACGUGCUGGUUCACCUUGGAGGUGGUGCUGCGCUUCCUGCUGGCUCCCAACAGGAAGCAGUUUUUGCGCCAGCCUCUCAAUGUGAUCGACGUGGCGUCCGUCUUUCCCGUCUACGUGACGCUCAUAUGUGAUUGGGCGCUGGGCGCCCAAUCAGAGCUGGGAGACUUGGGACGCGUGCUCCAGGUUUUGCGCCUGAUGCGGAUCUUCCGAGUUCUGAAGCUCGCUAGACACUCCACCGGCCUGCGCUCCCUGGGGGCCACGCUCAGGCACAGUUACCGUGAAGUGGGCAUCCUGUUGCUCUACUUGGCCGUGGGCGUGUCCGUUUUCUCCGGGAUGGCCUACACCGCCGAGUGCCAGCAGGACACGGGCCUGGACACCAUCCCGGCGUGCUGGUGGUGGGGCACGGUGAGCAUGACCACGGUGGGCUACGGCGACGUGGUGCCUGUCACGGCGGCCGGCAGGCUGGCGGCCGGCGGCUGCAUCCUGGGCGGAACCCUGGUGGUGGCGCUGCCCAUCACCCUCAUCUUCAACAAGUUCUCCCACUUCUACCGCCGCCAGAAGGCGCUCGAGGCGGCCGUACGCAAUCGCCACCCGGGGGAAGACGGCCGAGGAGCCAUGCUCAGCGACGGCCACGGCGAGUGGACGGCCACCUGCCCGCGGUGACUGAGCCACUUCCGACUUGUUUGUGCGCCGUACCGACAUGGCACUUUCCACGUGGAGCUGAACCAACAAUGGUGUGAAGCCAAUAAAAAGCACCUUCCAAGGCUUUUUGGGGGGGUCUUUAUUCUCUUGCCAACUUAAAUACAGCAAACAUUCGAAUUGAAGGCAACAAAACAACUU